AAAAAAAAAAAAAAAAUAUAAUCAUUGAAACAUAACAUAAUAAAAAUCAAGUAAAUGCCAAAAACGACGCAACAACAGAACUGAAACUGAAAUCUGACAACGACAACGGAAACAACCAGAACAACUGACAAACGAACGAACACUCCCCUCUGAUUUCCCUUCCCCUAACCAGCACUCUUUGAAUGUGAGUGAGUGUGACAAGACAAAAGGCAAAGCAAAAGAAAAAGCAAAAACAAAAGCAAAGCCAACCCAAAUUAUAACAGCUCACAAGACAAGUGCAAGAGAACAACAACAACAUUACGUACGACGAGCUGGCAACAUUUAAAACACUGGCAACAUGUUGCUGAGGCGCUUACAACACAGCGGCGGCAACAGCAACAGCAACAACAACAAUAGCAACCCUGCCAGAGCGCCCUCGUCCUCGAACCCAACGAUAAUCGGAUUUACGAGACAACCAACAACAACAACAACAACAUUAAGAACAAUAAGAAGAACAUGGCUAUUGCCGCUGCUCUGUCUGGCAAUUGUUGCUCAUGUCAGUGCCGAAAUAGAUCGCACCAUCCAGGAGCAUGAGAACAAAAAUGUGGUGCUACCUUGUCCUGUGAAUGAGGAGAAAUGCGGGAAGCUGCAUUCCCUGAACUGGUUCAAGGGCGAUGAUCGUAUCGCUGCGAUGCUUCUUGGCGAUAGCAAUGUCACGAGUGUGAACGAUGAAUUUAAAAAUAGAGUAACUGUUGAGCAGAAUCCAUACAGAUUAGUUAUUAAGGACCUGAGAAUAUCUGACGAGGAUAUCUAUCUAUGUGAUACAACAUUCUAUAUACCAGAAGAAGCGUGUGAUAACUUCAAUGGCUACCGUGUCGAAUUGAGAGUCUUAGUGCCACCCACAGAGGUUGUGAUUUUGGACGCUAAAGGCGACCGCAUUGAGAAUGGCAGCAUCGUGGGACCGAUGCAGGAGCGGCAGAACCUCAAGGCGACCUGCAUGGUGAAGAACACACGCCCCCAACCCGAUGUGGGCUGGUAUCGAGGCACCAGGCGAAUUGUAUCAUAUUCGGCCACUCAUGAUCUGAAUGAUGGUCUCUAUACGUCGACACUCGAAUUGGAUUGGCCAUUGUCCCGUGACGAUCUGGCACAGGAUCUUGAAUGUCGUGUCGAAUCGGCGGCGAUUAAAAAUGCAAUUUCUACCAAAUUUAGCGUCGAUUUGCAAGUGCGACCCACGAGCAUAGACAUCAAUGGAGUGGAACAUCAUACGGUGCAGGGCAGCAAAGUGGUGCUAACAUGUGACAUACACGGCGCACGUCCCGCAGUUAACCUUACCUGGUAUAAUACAACCGCAAUUAUAAGUCCCGAGGAGAACGAAAUAACUGAGAUACGCACCAGGGCUUUUGAAAAAGCGGAUGGCACCUAUCACACACAGUCGGAGUUGAUUUUUAAUGCAACACGUUUUGAAAACGAUCGCGUCUUUCGCUGUGAGGCUGAGAAUAUUGUGCUGCAAAUUAAUCGAGAGAAGCCAAUGGCCUCGUUUCUAACUUUGGAAGUGAUGUAUCCGCCCGUUGUCAAGGUCAGUCCACCGGAAAUGGUCACAAACACCAGUGAAAUUGUGCUGCUCAAUUGUGAAUACGUGGCGAAUCCUGCCUCGCUCACACAGGUCGUUUGGUAUCGCAAUGGCGACAUCGUAAAUGUCAAUGAUACGGAUCACUAUGAGGGCGGUAAUUCAGAGAAUGUGGCACUUGUCAUCAAGUCCACCAAUAAGGACGAUAUCGGAAACUAUACUUGCCAACUAUCCAAUUCCAUUGGCAAGGGAAUAUCAGAGCAGCAAAUCGAUCUCGAUGUACACUAUGUGCCCAUUGUGGAGGUGCAGAUGCUUCCCGAGGGACCCGUCAAGGAGAGCGAUGAGUCGAAUGUUACCCUUAUGUGUAAUAUUGUAGAUGCGAAUCCUUCGGUGUUGACCAAAGUGCGUUGGUAUGCGAACUCCACGCUGCUCAAAGAACUGCCUGAUUGCUAUGAGACAAGAGAGGACUUGUGUCACAUUGAUCCUAGUAAGCUGCUUUUGGAGAGCAUUGGUCGCGGCUUUUUCUACAACUAUUCCUGCCAGGGCUACAAUGCAGCCGGCUGGGGAGAACGCAGCGAAGACAAGGAACUAAUGGUGCACUAUGAACCAGGACCUGCAACACUUUCACACUUUCCACCCAUUGCCAUUAAGAAGAAGAGCGUGAUCUUUUAUUGCUCUGUGGAUGAUCCGGGUUAUCCCGAAUCCAAUAGAUAUCGAUGGAUGCGCGGUGGGCGUGGUCCCCUCCAGGACAUUGUCACCAAGGAAUGGACUGUGGAACCCGUCGGAUUGGACAGUCGUACCAACUACUCCUGCUAUGCAUACAACGAGGGAGGCAAGGGUGUAAUGGCCACUGUCAAUUUGGAAGUGCAUGCCCCGCCAUUUUUCAUCAAGAAUAUGCAACCCUAUACGGGUGUCCUUCACUCCGUUUCCAACUUUAAUCUCACCUGCCGCAUCGAGUGUGUGCCGCGCUGUGAGAUCGCCUGGCUGAAGGAUGGCGUUCCAAUUGACAAGAGUGAUUCGCGUUACUUUGUCAAGGAGAAGUAUAUGGACGCCUCACCGGCCACUGGUGAUUUUGAGAGCAUGCUCUCCGUUCUGCACUUCAAUAUGUCAAAUUUUCCGAAUAAAAAAUUUGAAAUCGAAUCGGAUAACGCGAAAUACAUGUGCAUAUCGACGGCAAAUGCUGUGGGGCCGACAGUAAAUAGCACCACCUACUUGAGCAUUGAAUACGCACCCAAAAACAUUACCGUAUCGGAGAACAUUGUCUAUGUGCAGGAGCAUCAGAUUCCUGGGCGUGUCAUAUGCAAAUCGCAAGCGAAUCCGGAACCCACCUAUGAGUGGCUGUAUCCCAACAAGACGGUAACCAGAGGCAACACCCUAAUAAUCAAUGAUCCCGUCACUCGCAAUGAUACGGGCAUCUAUAGAUGUCGUGCCUACAAUAAACAUGGAGAUCGCACCACGGAAACCUUUAUCGAUGUGCAGUUUGCCCCGCGUUGCGAGAUUGAAAGGCGAGAGAUCGAUGACCAGGACACACUAAUUUGCACAGCGUUCGGAAAUCCUGAUGAUGCCGAUUUUUCAUGGUCAAUUAAAGCUGAAAAUGAAACAGUUGAAUCGUUGGGCAGCGGCGACAAGAAGACAGAGGACAGAAGCUUUUACAUACUGCAGGAGGAUUAUGCCAUUGCCAGGACUUAUCGCUGUGUGGCCAACAAUACUGUGGGUCCUGGUGCAUUCUGUGAGAUUGAAGUUGCUGAACAAUUGGCCUGGUGGCAGCGUUGGGACAAAACGACGCUCAUUAUACUGGUUGCCGCCAUAUUGGCCUUAUUGCUGGCCGUCAUCAUUAUUUGUUGCAUAAUUAUUUGCAUAUGCCGUCGCCGCCGGCGUCAGGAUAAAUUACACGACAAGUCGUCUUCUUUGGGGGAUCCAUUGACGGAACCUGGCGAGUAUGAGAAUCUACCGUUUCAUGGUCUGCAAACGGCACCUAACAAGUUCUCUACUACCCCUACAAAUUUUAAUAACAACACAAAUGUGGUGCGCGUCGCUCCACGACCCAAGAGACUCAAUGGAAAUAUUGGUCAAGCAAUGAGCAACCAGCAGCAGCAACAUCACCAUCAGCAACAACAACAUCAUCAGCAGUACAACACUUUGCAGUACGGGCGUGGUUGCACAGCCCCGCCCCCUCACAAUCGUAGCAUGGAUCAGCUUGAAUCGAGUUCCGAUCAAAUACAAUACAAUCUAAGCAAUUGCUUUCCCAAAAGUUACACCGAAUACUACCAGCAACAUCAUCACCAGCAGCAACAGUCGCUGCAACAGUCGCAGCAGCAAUCGUCACAGCAAACACAGAAAUUCCAUACGAACUCAGCAUCGAAUGCUCAACUUUUGAAUGCCAUCGAACAUGAUUAUCAACCCACAUAUGCGGUGGUUGAGCGUAUACCACCGCCACCACCUGCACCCAGUUCAGCUCUGCUCAAUACGAAUCCGUUUCUGGCAGCGAGCAAUUUCAAGAAAUACGAUGCGGCAGGUGAUGAACUCUUGGGUAGCAUGCAACGUGGCAAGCGCGGCAAGGCGGGCAGUUUAUUGGAACGCAUGGACAUGGACAAGAAAUUCUAUUCCCUAAAGUUUCCCAAUGCAGCAAAUAAACUCAAAAAGCCAGUGUACAAUUUGAAUGCAUCCUUGGCAACAGCAACAUCGACAUCGACAGCAACAUCGACAUCUGCGACAUCGGCGACCAAGUGCAAGAGGCAUCAUUCCUUUGCUGGCGGUAGCCAUGGCGAUAUUGAAUCCAAUGGCAAGCCCAUGCGCCUGUACGAUCCGCCCGUCUAUGAGAAUGUGGCGGACAAGUGCGGCGGCGAGUUGGACAUUGAAAUGGGCGGCGACGGCAGCAGCAAGAAGCACAGCAGCAACAGCAACCACAACAGCAACAACUUGGCUGGCAACUUAAAUCUGAAUAUGAAUCUGAAUCUUGCAACCGUGCAGUUGCACACACAGCCAUCACAUGCUGCUAGUGACGCUGCUGGUGCCGCUGCUGUCGUCUCGGCGAGCCACAAGAAGAAACAUCACCAUCGCCAGCACCAGCAAAAGGCUGAUGUCCAAGCAGGCGCCGCAGUCGGAGCUGACUUUCAAUUAAUGGAACCUGAACGCCUAAGCAUUUAUCGCAGCGAUUCGGGCAUUUCCAAUAGCUCCUAUGAGUCUCAGUUGCCGGCAUUGGGACAACGCACACCCAAGGCGCAUAAGGCCACAUCUUCGGGUCUGAAUCUUGCCCGCAAACCUGUCUACAUCAAUGUGGAGGGUCAACAACAACAGCAGCAACAGCAGCAACAUGCAACACGUGCCGCUUCUCCAGCCCACAAUAUUAAUUCGUCCUAUGAAUCGGCCUCAUCGGCUCCUGUCACAGAUCCCACCUCACUCAGCUCCUGCAACUCAAUUUACAGCAGCGGCACCGGCACCGUCAGCGUCAGCAAUCGCUGUAAUCGCCGUCCGUCGUCAUCGCAUCACCAACAACAGCAGCAACAGCAGCAGCAACAUCAACAACACAAGCAGCAGCAACCGACGUCGGAAAUCACAACACCCGAGGAUUACGAGCAGUACCAACUGGGCCAUCAGCCCGGACAUUCCGCCUCCAUGUUGUCCGUCGCCAGCAGCGCCAGUGCUGCCAGUCGUGGCAAGUGCAAACCCUCCACUGCAACAGCAACAUCCACAGCCACAGCAACAACACAACAGUUGGCAAGUCGCGUGGGUCCACAUGAGCAUGGGUGGGGGUGUGGCAAUCAUCAACAACAAAUGCUAAUGCCAAAUGAAUUGCUGCUGCAGGCGAGUCGAUUAACUGCUGCCAACUCUGCUGUCGACUCUGCUGUCGACUCUGCCAUCAUCGACUGCAAUCAGAAUUUAAGAUAUGUACCGCCCAUGCCAAGUGCCACGCCCCACGCGACACAGCCCCUGGCCAGUGGCGCCUACGAUUGCUUGGUGGUGCGUCGUCCAAUGCGGCUGCCGUUGCGCAAGCAUCACACCUUCCACUUUCAGACCACACAGACGGCCAAUGGCAAAUUGCAGCAGCUGCGUCACCAACUGCAACAGCAGCAACUGGAGAGGGAGCAACAACAGCAACAAUGGCAGCAACGGCAACAACAGUUGGGGCCCCUCAUCUAUCGUCCAUUGGCGCUAAGUGAGCGGCAUGCCUUUAAGCCAAUUUCACCAACACCUGCAACAGCAGCAACAACAGCAACAGCCACAUUGCCUGAUUGUAAAAAACGCAAAGAGAAUGAGGCACGGCAGCAACAUCAGCAACAUCAGCAGCAGCAGCAACUAAAUCCUGCUGCUUCAUUGGAGGCAUUGGAGGUGCUAACUAAAACGCAUCCGGACUUUAUGUUUACACGGCCAAAGAAGGAACAAAGCGAACAGAUUGCGGACACCGCAGCAAAAAUAGCAGCAACUGUUGCUGAUGAGGCGGAAGAAGAGGAGGACUUGGGCUAUUCCUUCUGUGAGGAGGAGUACAUGGUCGAUGAUGACAAUGACAAUGACAAUGGCAAUGACAAUGAUGUUGGUGGUGUUGCUGAUGAUGACGAGGAGGAGGAGGAGGAGAUGGCACCACACAAUCUCACAGCACCGCCAACAACACCUGCCCACAGCGGCAGCAGAAACAACAACAACGGCAACAGCAACAAUGCAGCUAUUGCCAAUGCAACUGCGGGUGCAUUGAGAUACUUUUUGACUCAGAGCUAUCGCGAGCCAUUGAAUGCCGCAAGUUUCGAUGAUGAAUUCAUCUAUGCCGAUCUUGAGAGUCAGCAUUAUGGGCCAAUCAACUAUAAAGCCGCCUCGCUCUAUGCCCAGGUCAAAAAGAACAAGAAGACCGGCGCUCUGGAGGAGCUGAAACAUUAAUUGAAACACCUCUAGUCUCAAUUAACACAUUUGCAGUGCAUUUUGGUAAAUGUUUUAAACAUUUUUAUUUCUCUUUUAUAAAAUACUUUUAUUAAAUUGAAACAGAGUGUUAAAUU